AUGCCUUCGGCACGGCGGAUGCGCCUGGCCUUCGUGGGUGUGAUGGCCAUCGUUGUCAUGACAUUGGUUUAUACCUCCCAGCUAAGGCAGUCGCAGAACCCAGACGUGAGAACGUUCGGUGACUUUUACGGUCGAACGAAGAGUGGGCUGGAGCGAGCACGUGGCGGCCAGCAGCAGCAGCAGCAGUCAGUCCUCGACUCCAAGGGCGGGACAAACAAGGGCGACGGCGAUUCCGACGACGCUCAGUUGGCCAAGGAGAUGUCAGACCGACUGAAGGCUGCCGAACAGAAGGCUAAGGAUUCGGCCAAUGCGAAGGCGCCGAGACCUGAUGCGCCCGAAAAGGUCAUCGGCGUGGGCAAUUCCGCCGCCGGACAGGACAAGUCCAAAGACAAGGCCGGAAAUCAGCUUGCAGAAAAGGAAACCGACGAGGACCAUGAGGUCGAGAUCAUUAUCAACGACAUACUCAAGAAAUCGCCAGUCAUAAUUUUCUCCAAGACCUACUGCCAAUUCUCCAAGCGGGCAAAGGCCCUUCUUCUCGACAAGUAUGCCAUCACACCCGAGCCCUACGUUGUCGAGCUGGACAUCCAUCAGCUCGGCAGGCCAAUACAAGACAGGUUGGCAAAGAUGACAGGCCGGAAGACGGUGCCAAACAUCAUGAUCAACGGCAAGAGCAUUGGUGGUGCCGAUGACAUCGCGGCAAUGGAUAACAACCACGAGCUGGUCGAAAAAAUCCGAACGCUUGGAAGCGUGGGUGGCAAGACAGUGGAAGUCAAGGAGCGAGAUGGAAAGCAGACGUAG